AUGGAAGAAGAAAAUUAUGAGCAAAAUAAUCAGUAUGUAUGGGUAAUAAAUUGCAAUUGAAUCUCGAGUACUAACUCAAAAUUUGUCAGAGUUGCUUUAAAAAUUGGACUAAUUGGAGACUCACAAAUUGGUAAAACAUCAUUAAUGGUUAAAUAUGUUGAAGGUUCAUUUGAUGAAGAUUAUAUACAAACAUUGGGAGUAAACUUUAUGGAUAAGAAAAUACAAAUUAGAAAUACAAUUAUAACUUUUUCAAUUUGGGAUUUAGGUGGUCAAAAAGAAUUUAUUAAUAUGCUACCCUUGGUUUCAAAUGAUGCAGUCGCAAUAUUAUUUAUGUUUGAUUUAACAAGAAAAUCUACAUUAAAUUCAAUAAAAGAAUGGUAUAGACAAGUUAGAGGUUUCAAUAAAACUGCUAUACCAUUUUUAGUUGGUACAAAAUAUGAUCAUUUUAUUGAUUUAUCAUUUCAAGAUCAAAUUGAAAUAACUCAACAAGCUAAAAAAUUUGGAAAUGCAAUGAAAGCUCCAAUAAUAUUUUGUUCAACAAGUCAUUCCAUAAAUGUUCAAAAAAUAUUUAAAAUAAUUUUAUCAAAAGCAUUUGAUUUGAAAUUAAAUUUAGAUGAAAUUAUAAAUGUCGGAGAACCUAUACUAAUAUUUAAAUGA